CUCAACAACACCCACACAACCACACGCCAUGGCCCUCGCUCUCGCCCGCCAGGCCGUCGCCGGCCCCUCGGUCCUCCGCGCGGCGUUCACGCUGCCGGCCGUCGCGCUCCCGUCGCUGCGCCUGCCGAGCCUCAACGACAUUCUCGAAUGGGGCAUCACCCUCGCCGUGCCCAAGAGCAAGAUCUCGCACUCGCGCAAGAGCAUGCGCAGCGCGCACAAGGGGAUCAAGAACAAGACGAACCUCAACCACUGCCCCGCGUGCGGCUCGGUCAAGCUCUCGCACAACCUGUGCGCCAACUGCUUUUCGCAGAUCUCGCGGCGGUGGAAGAAGGAGGCGCGGGCGCCCGUCGGCGAGCCUAGGGAAUAGGUGGUCGGUGGCAAGGGAGGAGAGGGGGGGACGACGACGACGACGAUAGCAUAGAUACCCU